CCUUCCGGAAACACCCGAAGCGACUUCUAGUCAACACGUCGUACUUCACGCUCCGCCGAGCUGACCCUGGCCAACGUCCCGGGGAGUAGACCCCUUCGGUUCGGGAGAGGUCUCUGGAGAGGGUGGCGCGAGGCGGCCUCUCCCCUCAGCUCCCGGCUGCCCCCGCCAAGUUUGUCUUCCCUCCCUCACCCCUAGCGUUCCGAGGCACCCGCUUCUGGGGGCGAGGAAGUGGGCGGAGCCCGGUUUUGGCGCCAGGCGCUGCUGCUGCCAAACAGAAACGCCUCCGUCUAGAAGAUCGGCCACCGUCCUCGCCUCUGCUUCCCUCUCCCUCCCCUCCGGGGACCACCAGGCGCCACGCCGCGAACGUAAUAGCUCUUCAAGUCUGCAAUAAAAAAUGGCCUCCAAUAAAACUACAUUGCAAAAAAUGGGAAAGAAACAGAAUGGAAAGAGUAAAAAGGUAGAAGAGGCGGAGCCUGAAGAAUUUGUGGUGGAAAAAGUACUGGACCGCCGUGUAGUGAAUGGGAAGGUGGAGUAUUUCCUGAAGUGGAAGGGAUUUACAGAUGCUGACAAUACUUGGGAACCUGAAGAAAAUUUAGAUUGUCCAGAGUUAAUUGAAGCAUUUCUUAAUUCUCAAAAAGCUGGUAAAGAAAAAGAUGGUACAAAAAGAAAAUCUUUAUCUGACAGUGAAUCUGAUGAUAGCAAAUCAAAGAAGAAAAGAGAUGCUAUGAGAAGCAGAGAGGUUGACUACAAAUUUGGUUCUGGAUGCUUUAGCAGCCAAAGCGAAAAGGCUGAUAAACCAAGAGGCUUUGCCAGAGGUCUUGAUCCUGAACGAAUAAUUGGUGCCACAGACAGCAGUGGAGAAUUAAUGUUUCUCAUGAAAUGGAAAGAUUCAGAUGAGGCAGACUUGGUGCUGGCAAAAGAGGCAAAUAUGAAGUGUCCUCAGAUCGUAAUUGCAUUUUAUGAAGAGAGACUAACUUGGCAUUCUUGUCCAGAAGAUGAAGCUCAAUAAUUGUUUGCGUUGCUUUUUAUAUAUAUUUAUAUAUAUAUAUAAAAUCUGGGUCUUUGUUUUUUGGUUUAUUAGUGUGAAGAAAUAACAUUCUAAUGAAAAUCAAGUUUGAUAUGUUUGUUUUGAAGUAGUAUUGGGGGAGUUGUUGGGGUUUUUUGCAUCUAUAGCACUGGUUACUUUGAACAAAUAAAAGCUUUCUGUAGUUGUUUCCUUUAUCAGAAAAGAAUAUUUGAGACCAUGGCAUAUUAUCCCCCUGCAUCAGAGAACACCUUUUCUAAAUGUUGGGGGAAAUCUUCAUAGUUGUUACUCAGUCAGAAUUUGUGUUUAACUCCUAUAUGCCUAAGGACCAUUCUGGGUUUUUUGUUUAUUUAGGGCUUUUUGUGUGUAUACUUAAAAGUACAUACAUAAGUGGUUUUUUUUUCUUUUUGUUAUUUUUGAAACAUUCACCAAAACAAAAACAGCAUUUUAUAACCAUGGAUAAGGCCAUGUUUCUGGGAUGCUAUCAUUUUCAGCAACUUAAGAAAUAAAUCACUUAAAGUUACAUUGAAAUUUUUCCUGAAGCCUUAACCUUUCAAAUUUUGUAAUUAAUUGGACAAUUUAAAUAUAUGUAGAGAGUUUAAAUUGGACAAUUUAAAAGCAGCCAUAUCAGAAUCCAUAUCCCUAGUUACAGUCACAUAAAUGCAAGUUUAUUUGCAAGAUCCUUGAAAGGAAAAUUUUAAUCACCAACAACAACCUCCCCACCCAGAGGGCAAAACUAGACAAGUUUUGGUGUACUUUAAUUAGGUAAGCAAAACUUAGUUAAAUGGAUAUUUAAAGGUUCCUUCUAGUGAACCAUUCCUUUUCAAGAAGUUGAAAACCCUUGUGUGCUGUAUUGACUAAAAGGUCAUGAUUCAUGGAGCGUCUAAGACUUCGUUCAUGGGAACCUGAUCAUAACCAGGUGGUUAGAAAUGUUUGCAAUUUAGCACCUGCUGGAGUAAAUGGGUGGACAGACUUCUAUAAUCCAAAUUUUUGACCUGCAUGUUUUUUCUUCACCCCAACUCAUUCCUAACAUGUAGGCUCAAUCUUCUCAGUAUUUGAACUACUGGUUCAGCAGAAACCAGGAAAAACGAUAACUUUGUAGUCAGAAUGUUAUCCAACUGUAUAUUGUUUACUUUAUUGUAAAUACUGGUAAACAGUGGUCAAUAAAUAGUUUUAUAUUCCUUUA